AUGAGACACCACACACCGGAAUUUGAAGCACCCGCCAUGCAUGAGAUACAGCUGCUCAUCCAUCUCCGUGAACAGGUCUCGCGGAAGACCCGGCACAUUUUGGGAAACCUGGUGGAGGCAGAGCACGACCCGUCGAAGAUAAGAUCAUCGCUCCUGCGGGUGUACGAGAAGAAGCUAGGCACGUACUACCAGGAGUACGUCAAGCUUCACCAGGAAAUUUUGGAUCGCAUCCCGGCAUCGGAGUUCGAGGAUCAGGGUGAUUUGGAGAUGGAAUUCUACCGGCUGCACACCGAAGCACUGCUAAGGAUAGAGCAGCUAUCCGCGAGCUUGGCUGGUAAGUACGAACUCAGCAAGAAUGAGCGCCUUGGUUUGGAAAGCUUCCAAAGCAGGCAGUGGCCAGAGCCUGCUCAAAAGGAGCAAUCUGACAAGUCCCACGUGGUACCGUCGCAUCACGUUGCGACGAACGUCAACAACGUGGAAUCCGCCCAAGGAGAGCGUUCCAAUCGGUCCAGUGUGACGCCAGCAAAUCACACUGUGACACCUACCCAGCCACCAUCAAAAUCGCAACCGAGAGAGUGCCAAGGUAUUGGUAGCCUCCAUAAUCGGCAUCAGGUGAAGUCCGUCUCAGAAGAACUCUACGACUCAUCCAGUCUAGAGCCACCGGCAAUCUCUGAGACGUCCAAGGACGAACCGAGGGAACACGAUAGGUCAUCCUCUACGAAGGAACCGCGUAACACGACGAGAUGUGGCCUACCAAGCACUGAAGAUCGACAAGGCGCGGAUUGGAAGCGGACUUCCCUCCGGGCAGAGUUCAUACCGUCGAAGCUAUCCAGCCAGUCCUGUGUGCAGCUAUCGAGUGGCACUGCGAUCCCCGUCCAGGUAAUCCAACCGGCCAGCAAGGAUUGGAGAUCUUCAGGAAGAGUGCGGAUUCGCCACCAACCGCAGUGUGGUAGCGAGGAGCUCUCCGACGCGUCCAGAGUAGAACCGUCGAUUCAGGGAUCAGACCACCAAUCGAAGAACGCUCAAAAGGAGCACAGCCAGACGUCUGACGAGUCAGCAGCCCCUGGUCUACUGCAUGAAGUGGAUCAUCAACUCCGCUUGGAGUGCGAUAAGGAGGAGCACUCCCGACAACCAAGUGUAGGACCACAUCCAAACGUCCAUUCUACGACAUCCAUCGAGCAUCCGGAAUCCGCUCAGAAGGAGCAUUCCAAGCUGACCAGUUUCAAGCAGCUACGUCGAGUGGAGACUAGCACUGAGACUAUGACAGUGGCAGCCGUGAAGUACCCAGAGCUUGCUCAGGAGAAGCUUUCUGGUCCAUCCAGUGUGGAACAGCCCGUUCGCACUGCAACUUUCAUCGAAGGAUCCGCCUUCACCCCGAGAAUGCAGACAAAGUCGUCUGUAAUGGAAAUGACGAAACCCUCUUCACGUACCACCGAGUCCAUGGCAAGCAAGAAGGAAUCAGAAUCCGCUCAGGAGGAGCUCUCUGAUUGGUCCUGUGUGCACCAGCUUGCUCACACUGCGACAUCCGCCGUGGAACCAGAGUCUGCUCACAAGGAGCAUUCCAAGCCGUGCAUUGAUGAUCUGCCAGAUGCUACUGCAGAAACCCCGAACCAUGUGAAGACCGCUCAGGAUGAGCAGUUCUGGCUAUCGUACGUAAAGACAUUGCGUGGUACGAUAGCUGCAGAUCGAAAGAUAAUUCUGCACAAGCCGAUUAUGCUGUUGGGCGGAAAACCAUCGUUCGCGACAGUCAUCAACCAAGUGGAGUCCGCUCAGGGGGAGCCCUCCAAACCAUCAACGUGUGUGAAACCUCUGGUAAACCCAGCGGUGUUUUCCAAGGGGUCUGAAUUGGAGACCAUGGAGUGUGGAAUUGUUACAGCAGUCAGCGUGAAGCUGGCUCUGGACACUGCUGUACGUGUCACGGUUUUUGACAGUAACAGCGAGAAGGGAAGGUUCCACGACCUUCAAAGACUGAAGGCCACGAAGAAGUGGCACACCAAACCAGCGAAACCACCACCAAUGAUUUCUAGGAACGAUUCGAGUUCUCGCUCUGAAAUGAUCGUCGAGCAAUUCAGUCCAGAUAAAGCAGGGCAAGCUGGAUUGUCCAACAUGAAAGAGAUGUAUUACGUCGUACUGCCUACCAAGAUAGUGCAGCCAAGGGAAGAGGAAACCGAAUACGCAUUAUUCGGCCAGCAAUCCGUUCGGAAAGCUGUCGAAGGGCAGUUGAAAAUCCGAUUCAGCUGCCUGUACCACACCCGGGAGGAGAACUCCAAGUCGCCGAUGGAAACCGUACAUCGCCAACGAAUCCUUGACUUGAAUGGAAAAGGAAAAAUCCAACCAUCACGACGAGGAUGGAUGUUCGGAAAGAUUCCGACGAGUCGACUACCGCUUCAAAUGGAUUGCAGAGAAGACAACCGUCACCCGAUGCCGUUGCUUCGACAGGAAUGCUUCCAGCCCGGGGGCAGUAUGUUCGCGCCCAUCGGGCACUCUGGUGGAAAAUGUGCCCCACAUUCCCCUACGAGUUUGAACAGCGUCACUCAAGCUCCCACAAAUGUAAACACGGCGACAGCGCGGGACCACUCACCACUAACGAUGAUGACGCUGCGAGCGAGCGCGCGUCAACGCGGUGCCCAUGCUGCGACCGGAAAGUACACAGCUGAUUCGCAGAAGGCGGGUUCGUCAAGCCGCAGGUUUCUUGUUGCUGCUGCCCCGAUACUCUGUAUAUGGUGUGGUAGACACUGUACGAUGAGCUCAGGAAAAAGCGAUUCUGUGCUCAAUCCACUACUCACCACUUCGCACAACGGGGGCACGAUCUUCUUCACAGGUUCACACACAGCACAGCCAACUUCCACCGUGAUUUUCGUCAAACACCGACCGAGACAAACCAAAGUUAUCGUUUCCGAUGCCAUUUCCGCUAGCUAA